CUCGCCUGCCGCUUUGCUUCUAAUAUAACACACCACUCAAUCUUCCUUGUCCUUUCCUUCUGCCGCCUGCGCCAGUUGAGCACGGUCUUUCACCCCUUUCCUGCGAUUGUCUACCGCAGUACAACCUCUUUGCUCUAUGUCUUUCAUCUCGAGUCCUCGCAUCGGUGAAACAUGCAACAGUUCUUGUGCAACCCACUGUAUCAUCCAUGAAGCGGCGCGAAAACAAAUCCAUGCCUUAAUUGAUCACUAUGCGACACCAGGAGUGGCACCGCCUUCCGCGCGCAUGCUACCCCGAUUGAAGAUUCAAGACAAGCCUUCGCUCAGAUUGUGGGACUGGUGGAAGUAUGGAUGGUUUGUAGCGACUAAAGCAACUCAGAUGACUGGAGAUGUGCUAACUCAUGCGUUCUGGGGACCCCGCAAGAAGUCGUGGGGUAUUGAGAUGACCUUGAUUUCAGGCUUUAUGCGUGGCGCCGGACGUCACACCGCACUCAUGGACCUUCCUUCUAUUCGUCUUUUCAUGGGCCUAGGAGGACUUGCUCCUCUCCCCUCUGACGCACUCGUUACUCCUGUCACCUUCCGCGUUCGAAAGCGGCGGUUGCGAGGCAUCCUUGCAGAUUUCGAUAGCAAAGAAACCGGGCGUCGGGAACUAUCUGGGGAAUGGGUUGUUGCAAAGAAGACUUGGCACAGAUUACAGUCAGAAUGGAAGGCCUCCCAAAACAGUCGUAAAGGUCCCGGUCAGUCUCCUAGGCCAGGAAAAAAGACUGAGCGGGUCGUGCUAUAUAUUCACGGAGGCGCCUACUACGUUGGUAGUCCGGCAUCUCAAAGGCAGAUUUCUGUACCCCUGGCUCAGCAUACUGAUGCGCGCGUUUUUGCCCUUGAUUAUCGGCUCGCACCUGAGAGUCAAUUCCCUGGCCCUCUCCAUGAUGCCGUAAGCGGGUAUCUGAGGCUGGUCGAAGAUUUAAACAUCCCACCAAGUAACAUCAUCGUCAGUGGCGAUAGUGCUGGUGGCGGAUUGUCGCUUGCGUUGUUGUUGUACUUGAGGGAUAACGAUUAUCCCAUGCCUGGCGGUGCCAUCCUAAUGUCACCGUGGGUCGAUCUGACCAUGAGUUGCGAAUCAUGGGAUUCGAAUGCGGGGUUUGAUGUCAUUCCUGUCUUCUCCCCCGUGGAUUAUAUGAAUCCCGUGGCUCAAUAUUUAGGCCCCCACGUAGAAAGAUAUUUGACCCAUCCAUACGCAAGUCCAUUAUUCGGUGAUCUAAGAGGGCUUCCUCCUCUGCUCAUCCAGUCUGGUGACUCUGAAGUGCUAAGGGAUGAGAUAACUUUAUUCGCCCACAAAGCUACCCUGGCUGGUGUCGAAGUACGUCAUGAACUCUACGAGGAUGCGGUCCAUGUUUUCCAACUCUUUCCUUUCCUCGAAACUUGCGCUCGUGCAUUUAUGUCAAUGGACGUAUUUGUCCAUCAGGUCCUUCCUAGCUUCGAGUGUCGAUAUCCUCAGGUCAUUGCUUCUAAUGCAGAAGAAGUCAUGGCAGUUGAAAUCAACAACGACAACUCCGUUGUCCUGAACUGUGAAGGAAUCGUCACUCCUGUUGCAGCUGAAGGGUUCAAAGAAAAGAUGGAGUGUUGCACAGAUGUUGACUGUGCCCCAUCCACGCCUCCAUUGACCUCCGAUGGCGGAACCAAGCGAAGACCACCCCCUCUCUCGCUAAACAAUCCACCUGGUCAGCGCCCGAAGUCAUUCCAUGGUACGGUACCUGAGAAACACAACGGGAACACGACCCGAUACAUCAUACCUCAUCCUGACUGGGAAAGUGUACCCGGUCAGGCUCCCUCUCCUUCGCUUCGUCGCUCUUUCAAGCGGACGACCAGCUAUACUGAUAUUUCUCGUCUGAUUGAGAAUUGGACCCAUUCCGGUCCAGCCAACCAGACACUGAUGUACAAACAUCCGGAACCGUAAUUCUUUUGACCUUUAUUAAGUCUGCCUCUUUAAUCAACAAGCAGAAUAAUCGUUGUAAUUAUAUCCAACGGCUGCUUUACAUAGUAUUGACAUAGUGUAUAAUAUAUGUAAAUCGCUUCAGUACGAUUCCCAAUACGAAAUUUAUUCAGCUAUUAU